AUGAAGAAUCCAAGACUAAUGAGUCUGUAAAUUUGCAUGCUGAUUCAGUUAUUUCAACUGUUUCAAGCAACUCAUCUGUUAAUAGUCGACAUUCUGCAAUCACAAACUUUCUUUGUCAACCUCUUACGGUUAAUGAACAAUCACGGUUUGAACAAUUACUUUUAAGAAUGAUUGUUUCUAAUGCACUACCUUUUACAUUUGUUAAGAACGAAGAUACUAUUGCAGUGUUUGAGUUUUUAGUACCAGGACUUAAAUUACCUAAACGUAAAGUUAUAGGUAGCAGAGUAUUAAUGAAUAGUUCAAAAUUGUUACAAGAUAACAUAAUUAAAACUGCAAAGAAUGAUAUGGAUGAGGUGACCACAACAUUUGAUGGUUGGACCAAUAUAAGACAAGAACAUAUUUGGGGCAUUGUUUUUAUAACCAUAAACGGACAAUCUUUAAUAUGGGGCGUGCAUGACAUUAGCUCUGAAAGAUCACAAACACAAAAUGUAAUCAAUCAUAUUGAACAAUUAAUAACUAAAACUGAAGAGAAAAACAUAAAUAUAAAGGCAUUCAUUUCAGAUUCUGCUAGUGAAUAUGCAGCCAUACGAUAA